AUGCGGUCAUCCGCCCUGAUCUCUACCCUCGCCGGCUUGGGUUUUGUCUCCGCUGCCACCGAGAAGGUGACUCGCACCACCCGCGAUAGGCCUAACAGGACACGCUCUCUUCCUGUCAUCUCUGUCUCUGGCAAUGCCUUCUGGAGGGAUGGCGAACGCUUCUAUGUCCGUGGCAUCGACUACCAGCCUGGCGGGUCCGCCGAAAACACAGACCCGCUUGCCGACCCUGAGAUUUGCUCCCGCGACAUCGAGCGAUUCGAGCGCCUCGGCGUGAACGCCAUCCGAGUAUACUCCCUCGAGAACGACCCGGAUGUAGAUCACGACGAAUGUAUGAACUUACUCGCCGACGCCGGCAUCUAUCUCAUGGCCGAUGUCAACAGUCCCGCCUACUCUAUCAACCGUGCCGAUCCAGAGCCCUCGUACAACACGGCCUAUCUCCAGUCCGUCUUCGCCACGGUCGAGAAGUUCGCCCAAUACGACAACACCAUGCUCUUCUUCUCCGGCAACGAGGUUAUUGACGACAUUGACAACACCGAUACUGCUCCUUAUGUCAAGGCCACCACCCGUGACAUCAAGAACUAUAUACGCGCUCGUGGCCUGCGCACAAUCCCCGUUGGCUACUCUGCUGCCGACGUUGCCAGCAACCGCAUGCAGACCGCCCACUACUUCAAUUGUGGUUCCGAUGAUGCCCGCAGCGACUUCUUUGCCUUCAACGACUACUCCUGGUGCAAUAGUGACUUCCAGAUCGCUGGUUGGGGCGAGAAGGUUCAGAACUUCACCGAUUAUGGCAUCCCCAUCUUCUUGUCUGAGUACGGCUGCAACACCAAUGGUCGGCGUACGUUUGGCGAGCUCGAGUCCCUCAUGCAUUCGAACAUGACACACAUCUACUCAGGAGGCAUGAUGUAUGAGUACUCCCUCGAGGAUAGUGAAUACGGCAUUGUCAGCAUAGAUGGCGACGAAGUGACCGAGUCGGCCGAGUUUGAAAACUUCGCGAGCGCCUUGAGCCGCUGGCCUGCCCCCAACGGUGACGGUGACUAUGCCCAUAGCACGACGCAGGCUGUCUCUUGCCCGACUCGCGACUCGCAGUGGGAGGUCGACCCCGACGUUCUUCCCGUCAUGCCAAAAGAGGCCGAGAAGUACAUGGAGGACGGUGCCGGCGACGGACCUGGGUUGGACGGCCCUGGGUCCCAGGAAGCCAGCGACAGCGGCACUUCUACCGAGAGCACCACAAGCGGGUUGCCCUCUCCCUCCGGAAGCGGAUCUGGUUCCGGCGAUGAUGAUGAUGACGAUGACAAUGCUGCCCAUGGUCUCGUUCUGGAGAAGGGUCUCCUGCUUGUCACUGGCUCGGCUGUCAUCUUCACCUUCUUUGGAGCACUUCUUCUCUAA